AUGUCUGCUAUUACUGAAGAAAGCGCUUCUACUGUUGUUGACGUUGCCAUCUGCGGCGGAGGACCAACUGGCCUUGCAACUGCGCUGCUGUUGAAGAGACUCGGAGUCUCUGUCUGUGUCCUCGACGCCAAGCCUGCAAGUCUUGAGUUAGGCCGUGCAGAUGCAUUGAAUGCCAGAACGCAGCAGUACCUCGAGGUUGCCGAUCUCCUUGGCGAGUUGCUACCCCAGGGCAUUAAAUGCAACACCAGCUCGACAUUUGGAGAUGGCGAGUUCAAGUCUCGACAAAACGACUGGUGGGUCGGCCUCGAGCACACGCUGCACAAAAACUUCCUCAUGCUCGGCCAGCCAGUCGUCGAGAGGGUGCUGGCCGAGAAGCUGGGCGACUCUGUCCACUACUCGGAGCAGGUCACGUCCAUUGCCGAAGACGACGCCGGCGUCGACGUCGUGACGAGCACCGGCCGCAAGAUUCGCAGCAAGUACGCCCUCGGCGCCGACGGCGCGCGUUCCAUGGUUCGCGCGGCUAUUGGCGCCACCUUUAGCGGUGGCAAGCCCGAGAUGCUGUGGUCCGUCCUCGACACCUUUAUCGAGACUGACUUUCCCCGCUGCCCCGAAAUCAUCACCUUUCAGCUCAACGGCCAGUCGCGCGUGUCGUGGAUCCCCCGUGAGCGUGGCCUGUGCCGCUUCUACGUGCUGCUCGACGGCGAGGUUUCGCUCGAGCGCGCGCAGCAGUCCAUCAAGGACCACAUGGCUCCUCACAAGGUUGAAUUCACCAAGACGGAGUGGUACAGCACAUUCGAUGUCAAGGAGAGAAUUGCAUCCACAUUCAUUUCCAAGGACGGCGCUGGUCGCAUUUUCCUAGGAGGUGAUGCGGCGCACGUACACUCUGUCAAUGGCGGUCAGGGCUUAAACACGGGCAUCGCAGACUCGUUCAACCUUGCCUGGCGACUCGCCAUGGUGGUUAACCAGCCCAACCUCCCCAAGGAGGCCGUCCAGAGGCUGCUGCUCAGCUAUGACACGGAGCGCCGAAGCACCGCUCAGGGUGUCAUUGACGUCGCGGCCAGACUUGUGCGCGACACUGUCCGCGAGGCCAAGACGUACGUUGGCACCAUUGAGAAGAAUGCAGGAUACAUUACCGGCAUGGGCGUCUCGUACGAGGCCUACGGCUCGCCUCUUGUCGAGCAGUCGGAGCACGGCAUCUGGAAGGCAGGCUUCCGCUGUCCAGACAUGGUCAUCAAGCCCCUCCUCCGCUCCGGGGGAGAGGAGGAGGAGAAGCGUCUGUACUCGGAAGCGAGCUACGGAAAGUACCUGCUAUUGUCCAUUGGCAAGGCGCAAGCUGCCAAGGAGUCGGAGCUUCCCGUCACUCGCUACUCUAUUCUUCCGGCGGGAGCAAGCUCCGAUGCUACCGCUACAAACACAUUUACGGGAGACUGGGUCACGGCGGACGAUGUCUUUCACGUCGUGGUUCGCCCAGACAUGUAUAUUGCCUUUGUCAGUGAAAGCCUGGAUGCUUGCGAGUCGCACCUAAACAAAGUUUUCAAUGCGUAA